UAUAAAUUAAAAAUAGAUCCUUUCAAAGAUAAUGGGGAAGCCAAAGUUGAUCAUUACUGUCAAGACAGCCAGACUUACAAGGGACACCGAUGCUUUUGGAAGUAUGGAACCCUACUGCAAGAUCAAAUACGAUGGCAUUAAGCAGAAGACUAAAGUCUCUCAAGGAGGUAAAGCUCCUAGUUGGGAUGAAACUUUCUCUUUCAAUCUCUCAACCUCUACAGUUCUAAACAUUGCUGUAUGGGACAAAGAUACUUUUUCAAAUGAUGAAGUAGGAAGCACUCAAUUGGAUAUAAACACAUUAAAAGCUCAUGGUGGUUUGGUUGAUUGGGUAAAAUUGUAUCAUAAAGGGAAAGAUGCAGGAGAAGUAUACUGUGAAAUAUCUAUAGUAGAUAAGAGUGGUGAGUAUCCAGGAGCUCCAGUUCCUGGAGCAUUCCCUACUCCUGCCCCAGGAGGGUUCCCAACCCCUGCUCCAGGAGGGUUCCCAACCCCUGCUCCAGGAGGGUUUCCAACCCCUGCACCAGCACCUGUCCCAGCUCCAAGCGUAUUCCCAACACCAGCUCCAGCACCAGCGCCAAUGCCAGGAGGUUUCCCAACACCUACUCCGGUACCAGCACCUGGAGGAUAUCCAACUCCUGCUCCUGGAGGAUACCCAGAUCCAAAUGCUUAUCCUAUGCCAACUCCAGGAUUCCCUGCUCCAACACCAGCUUAUCCUUCACAUGGAGGAUAUCCUGUUCCAGGAGCUCCUGGAGCAACCUUCGUUCCUAUGGGUGGAGUUGCAACUACUGCUUGAAAUCCAAAGUGCAAGAAGUGCCAUGGAACAGGCAUCAAUUCAAAGAAUGGAAAGAAAUGUAAGAAAGCCAAGAAGUGGGAAGAAGAAGAAGAGAUCAAGCAGCAGCUCAUCAAGCAGCUCCUCGAGUAGCUCUUCUAGUAGUUCGUCGAGUGAUUAAAAUGUUCAAUCUGA